AUGAACCCCCCUCCGCUCCCGCCGCCGCCCCAAGGGCGCUCCCUUGACCGGGCCUCAUACCUAGCGCCGACCAAGGCCAGCCGAGCGAAAUCUCAUACUACUGAAGAUUCCACCCAAAGUCGCAGCAAUAGGGCACCGCCUUUGACUUCGCGAAGAUCGCCUAGUGGACGCAAUUUGAACGACCAACAAUCUCAAGCUGGAUCGAAAACGUUUGGUUUGCGCGACCGAAAAGCUCUCCGCCCCUCGUUGUCUUCAACUGCGAGCCCCAUGGGAAGUUCCAACCGUGACAAGCCGUCACCCGUAUGGAUCUCGAAUCGAAGAUCUAGCGGGCUAGAAGCGCUUGCUGCGCCGCCAAGACGAGUUUCAAGGAGGAUUGUUCCCUCGGACCUAACAUUCCAGUCGCCAGUAGGGACGAAAAGAGCUGAGCUGGACCCGGGGGUCACGAAUACCCCGGAGGAUCAAUUGGCGCUUGAGCUGGGUAGCGCCACGGGUGGAAACGAGCCGAACAGGGACUGGCAAUCGGCGGCCUUGGAAGAGGAUUCUGAGGAGCCCGAUUUGCCCCCGACCCCUACUCAGUUGGGACUUGAGAAGCUCGCCGGGCGCCCAAGGAGGCUUUUAAGUAGCAGCCCUACGACCCAACGAUUCGGAAGACGACGACCGACCGAUCCCCUAGGGCAAAGCCCCUCGAAGCUUAGAAAUGUAGACGAUGGCACAAACGUAGAGGGCUCGCUCGAGGCAGUCACCCGAGCAUUGUUUCCAGAGCCUGUGGCCAAAAAGCGAAAACUGAGGGAGGAGCUUACUGCCGACGCGCAACAGCUGAAAGAGCAUAUUGCAGACCUCGAGUCUUGGUCGGCGAACCUUGGCCAAAAUGAUGAUCAUGUAGAGCCUGACGUGAGCAAAGUCAUUUCCUUGCUGGUAUCCGAAUGCCUUGCCACCACAAAUGCUGCCAUGCGUCCCACCGAUAUACCCGUGUCCUCACUCAUCUCGACACUGCUUCCGUUUUCUUCAACCGCCCCCUUAAAGACUCCCGCACCAUCGUCUCCAUCAAAUCCUUUUGCUCUGAAUGGAACUGCGCAAGGAAAACCGCAUCUGACGGUCUUUGCUCCUUUAUCUCUUAAGACUCACUCGGAUAUUGUACCCGACCCGAACUUCGUCUUUCUGGAGAGACAUAGCUUAAUGUUUUCCGCGCCAGCCCCCUUCCCACCUGAGCUAUACAGUAUAUCCUUGGUCUACGAGACAAACUUCCAAGAUCAAGCUUUGGUGUCGGUAACAGCACCUGACCCAAUGCCCCAAUACUUACGGCUUUGGAUCGAUUCCCGAUUAGCGAAUCCUUUGACGAAGUUGGACGUGUCGGGCCUCUGCUGGGGUGUCAAUCGGUACUGGGAGGCAGUCUUAUCGCGCGCCUACGUAUGGCUGCAGCUUGAAAAUUAUCAUACGGGCUUGCUCGACGGCCAAUCGGGCGUAGAUGACAUAGCAUUGCAGAGCGCGACGGAAAACCUCACGGUAACAAACUUGCGCAAGAUCCUACCCCACCUUCAGCGCACAUCGAUGGUUUUCGAAAAAGACGACGGAGGAAUCAAAGUCAUGCUGUCAUGCGAAAUCACCAUCGAUGAAUGGGCUUGCGAACCUCAAUUGACCCCAGGUCUUACCGUCUCGGGUUCCUCGAUAUCCAACGGCUCUGUUGGAGAUAAAACAGAACAGGAAUCUAAGGAUCUAUUCAAUGCCGUCCUCCAUGAGAACACCAGUAGUCCGGCAGGAUCGGCAGGUGGUCUUGAUGCCAAUGCGGUUAUCCAGGCCACCAAUCAUGUUCUCGGCGCUCUGUUUGGCGUUGGUGCAAGUCCGCCCUCCAAGGAUGAAGAGCGAUAG